CUUCCAGGGCUCCCCAUUGCAGAGUGUGGGCGCCCUGAGCCCUCUGCCCGCAUUGUGGGGGGUUCAGACACGCAGCCGGGUGCCUGGCCUUGGCAGGUGAGCCUGCAUCAAGGGGGAGGCCACAUCUGCGGGGGCUCCCUCAUCGCCCCCUCCUGGGUCCUCUCUGCUGCUCACUGUUUUGUGAGGAACGGGACCUUGGAGCCCGCGGCCGAGUGGUCAGUAGUGCUGGGCGUGCACUCUCAGGACGGGCCCCUGGACGGCGCGCAUGUCCGCACAGUGGCCGCCAUCCUGGUGCCCGACAACUACAGCAAAGUGGAGCUGGGCGCCGACUUGGCCCUGCUGCGCCUGACCUCACCAGCCAGGCUGGGCCCGAUGGUGCGUCCAGUCUGCCUGCCCCGUGCCUCGCACCACUUCGCACACGGCACCGCCUGCUGGGCCACCGGCUGGGGGGACAUCCAGGAGGCGGACCCUCUGCCUCUCCCCUGGGUGCUACAAGAAGUGGAGCUAAGGCUGCUAGAUGAGACCGCCUGUCAGUGUCUCUACAGCCGGCCUGGCCCCUUCAACCUUACUCUCCAGCUAUUGCCAGGGAUGCUGUGUGCUGGCUACCCGGAGGGCCGCAGGGACACCUGCCAGGGUGACUCCGGGGGACCCCUGGUCUGCGAAGAAGGAGGCCGCUGGUUCCAGGCAGGAAUCACCAGCUUUGGCUUUGGCUGUGGCCGGAGGAACCGUCCUGGAGUCUUCACUGCUGUGGCUCCCUAUGAGGCAUGGAUACGGGAACAGGUGAUAGAUUCAGAGCCUGGACCUGCCUUUCUCAUCCAGCCCCAGGAGUCCCAGUCUGGUCCCCGGGAGCCCAGGGAGAACUGCACCAUUGCCCUUCCAGAGUGUGGGAAGGCCCCGAGGCCAGGGGCCUGGCCCUGGGAGGUCCAGGUGCUGGUGCCGGGAUACAGACCCUGCCAUGGAGCACUGGUGUCUGAAAGCUGGGUCUUGGCACCUGCCAGCUGCUUUCUGGACCAUAUCAGCUCCCACGGUCCGCCCGGCGACCUUGAGGCCUGGCGCGUGCUGCUGCCCUCGCGCCCGCGCUCGGAGCGAGUGGCGCGCCUGGUGCAGCACGAGAACGCCUCGUGGGACUACGCCUCGGACCUGGCCCUGCUGCAGCUGAGCGCGCCCGUCAACCUGAGCGCGGCCCCGCGGCCCGUAUGCCUGCCCCACCCAGAACACUAUUUCCUGCCCGGGAGUCGCUGCCGUCUGGCUCGUUGGGGCCGCGGGGAAUCCGCGCCGGGCCCCGGCGCGCUGCUGGAGGCGGAGCUUUUGGGAGGCUGGUGGUGUCACUGCCUUUAUGGCCGCCAGGGGACGCCAGUGCCGCUACCGGGAGACCCGCCGCACGCGCUCUGCCCCGCCUACCAGGAGGAGGAGGAGGCGGGCCAUUGCUGGAAUGACUCGCGUUGGAGCCUUCUGUGCCGAGAAGAGGGGACCUGGUUCCUAGUUGGGAUCAGAGAUUUUUCCAAUGAUUGUCUACGUCCCCGAGCCUUCUUUCCCCUGCAGACCCAUGGCCCAUGGAUCAGCCAUGUGACUCGGGGAGCCUAUCUGGAGGACCAGCUAGCCUGGGACUGGGGCCUUGAAGGGGAGGAAACUGAGGCACAAACUUGUCCUCCCCACACAGAGCAUGGAGCCUGUGGCCUGCGGCCAGAGGCUGCUGCAGUGGGAGUCCUGUGGCCCUGGUUGGCAGAGGUGCAUGUGGCUGGUGAUCGAGUCUGCACUGGGAUCCUUGUGGCCCCAGGCUGGGUCCUAGCAGCCACUCACUGUGUCCUCAGGUUGGGCUCUACAACAGUGCCUUACAUUGAAGUGUAUCUGGGCCGGGCAGGGGCCAGCCCCCUCCCACAGGGCCACCAAGUAUCCCGGUUGGUCAUCAGCAUCCGCCUGCCCCGGCACCUGGGACUUAGGCCCCCCUUGGCUCUCCUGGAGCUGAGUUCCCGGGUCGAACCCUCCCCGUCAGCCCUGCCCAUCUGCCUUCACCCAUGGGGUAUCCCCCCAGGGGCCAGCUGUUGGGUACUGGGCUGGAAGGACCCACAGGACCGAGUCCCUGUGGCUGCUGCUGUCUCCAUCCUGACAUCUCGACUCUGUCACUGCCUCUAUCAGGGCAUUCUGCCUGCUGGUACCUUCUGUGUCCUGUAUGCAGAAGGGCAGGAGGACAGGUGUGAGGUGACCUCAGCCCCUCCCCUCCUGUGCCAGACUGAGGGAGGCUCCUGGGUCCUCAUGGGCAUGGCUGUUCGAGGGAGUCGGGAGCUGUUUGCAGCUAUUGGCCCUGAAGAGGCCUGGAUCUCCCAAACAGUGGGGGAGGCCCACUUCCUGGCCCCCAGUGGCUCCCCCUACUGGCCCCCUGAAGGCAGCAACCUCUGCCCCCCAGACCUGGCAAGAGCCUCAGGCUCCCCUCAGGCUGCUCUGUUCUUGCUGCUACUGACACCCCUAAUCCAGAGCUGAGGGGUCUGGGUCCUAGUGCCACUUCCUCCUCUGCCCUCCACUUCCUGCCCAAUGGGACUGGAAUGUGGCCUAACCAGCUGGUUCCCUUGAAGAACCUCCAGAGAGUCCCACCCACCAAGACUGCAGCAGCUUCAGAUAAUUGGCCUAUUUUGGGCCCAGGAAUCCUUGGGAGUGGUGGGAGGAGCAGACAAUAAAGGUGUAAACGCAGA